UCACACUCGCGUCCCGUGGGGUUUUUCACCCUGUCGUCUUGGCACUCCUGCGUCCGACAUAACCCAAUAUUCUUGAGUGGUCCGUGAUUUGACUGUGGUGUUGUCUUGCUGAGUUUCGUCGCAUUUUGGUAACAUUUCCCCAAAGUGAGUGCAAAUUCGUGUGAAACUCGAUCGCCCCCAUCGCCAAGUGUUAUGUUCAGUGUGAAUCAGUGCGCGGUUUAACGACGAAACAUGGCAGGAAUAUUCGAUAUUGAGUUACACGACGGGCUGCCCCAGAGCUCCGACGACGAGGAUGAUGCCAUAGACAUUGCAGAGGAUCAAUACGACGAGCAGCCAGAUGUUUCUGACAUGGUUGACACUGCUGAUACCGAGAGGGUGCAGGUGGACGAGAAGAGUGUGAACAAGGGGAAAAAGAUCGGGAAUGAGGAUUUCCGCAUACUCAGCGUUUUGGGGAAAGGGGGCUAUGGCAAAGUGUUUCAAGUUAUCAAAGAGACAGGCAGCGAUAAGGAAAGCAUUUACGCGAUGAAAAUCUUACACAAGGCUUCCAUUGUACGAAACCAGAAAGACACUGCACACACUAAGGCUGAACGCAAUAUUUUAGAAGCUGUCAAGCAUCCUUUUAUAGUCGAAUUAAUAUACGCCUAUCAAACGAACGGGAAACUCUAUUUAAUACUAGAAUUUUUACAAGGGGGCGAACUUUUCACCAUGCUAGAGAAAGAGGGGCUCCUUUUAGAAGAAACUGCAAUUUUUUACUUAUCUGAAAUUUUACUCGCCAUAGAACAUUUGCAUUUCCUGGGGAUUGUUUACCGGGAUUUGAAGCCGGAAAACGUCCUGUUAGAUUCUAAAGGUCACGUCAAAUUGACCGAUUUCGGAUUAUGUAAGGAACAUAUCAGGGAUGGAGUCUUGACGCAUACCUUUUGCGGAACGAUUGAAUACAUGGCUCCUGAGAUUUUGACGAGAAGUGGACACGGGAAAGAAGUCGAUUGGUGGUCGUUUGGGGCUUUGGCUUACGAUAUGUUGACGGGAGCGCCACCUUUUCAAGGUGAUACUCGUAAAAAGACAAUAGAGAAGAUUCUCAGAGGUAAAUUAUUCCUUCCACCUUAUCUAACCCAAGACUCCAAAGAUUUAAUUCGCAAAUUAUUGAAACGUCAAGUCAGCGCCCGUUUGGGCACUGUCGACGGCGCAUCGGCAAUAAAAAAUCAUCCAUUUUUCAAGAACGUCAAUUGGGAUGACGUUCUCGCCAAACGAAUAACGCCACCAGUGCCCGAAAGCAUGCUAAAAAAGAAAGAAGACGACACAUCAAACUUCGAUUGCAAAUUCACCAAACAAACGCCUGUCGACUCGCCCGACGACUCGACAUUGAGCGAGAGCGCCAACGAAGUCUUCAAGGGUUUCACCUACGUGGCGCCCUCUGUCCUCGAAGACAUGUACAAAAGCAGUGUGAAAAGCCGGCCUCGACGCCAGCAAAGUCGCCUCGAGACGCGCACGCCCUCUCACAUCGUCGACCACAACUACGUCAACAAUCACGGCGAGCAAUUUCGGGUAGCUAAUACGUAUUUGAAUAAUCACGUGGCCGCCGGUCCCGCCCGUUUCGAACCGUACAACCAAUUGGAUAACCACAUCCGGGGGAUUCCCAUGAACGUGAAUAAUCACGUGAUUGCUGGCCCCGCCCCUCGGGUGGUUAAUCAUUUCGUGCCGUUUAACCCAUUGGAUAAUCACGGUGCGGUGAUGGGGGGGCCGUCGGCCGUCAUGGAUACGAGUUCGGUUAGGUUAGAUAAUUAUACGGGGGCGGGGAGGCCGCCCCCGCCGUUUCAAGUCCGAAAUGCGAAUAACGACGACAUGAUGUUUAUCGAUCGCAGGCUUUCGAUGAUGGACGUCAGUCAUGAUCUACCUCCUGUAUAGUGUGGCAUUUUUUUUAUUUCAAACGCAAUGUUUAGUUCAAUUUUGUUUAUAUAAUUUAUUUGUUGUGGUUACCAAUAGUUUAAUCGAGAGGAAAAAUGGACGUUGAGUGAUUUUAACUUAGAGAAUUAUAGUUAGAACAAUUUUUUUCUUUUUCGUUACCAUAAUUUAACCUUGCCGCGGAACAUUAUGAUGAUUCACAAGAUUUUUAUUUCUUCAUGGAGAGAUGUCGUAGGUUAAGGUUCGUUGUUUAAUGGAGUAGAUAUUUUGAAAAUGAAUCAAGUGCACUCUGAACGCACUUUAGAGUUGUAAAAAUUAAUUCUUGUCGAGUUCUUGGAAGAUAGUUUUGGUGUGGUUAAACGGUUGUGCUCUCCAAACCGGCCAUAACUGGCACUAAUGUAACUAUAUCGCGUUUGAUAACAAUUUCUCCUUUAAGCUUUGUAUUGUUUUUUAUGAUAUUUAAACAUAUUAGGUAGUGGUGGGGCUUCAAAUUACUUAGUUAAAUUUUUUUGAACAAAAAAUAAAACUAUUAUAUGACAA